AUGGCAUCCACAGAAGAGCCAUCUGGCACGGUCCUGCACCGCCUCAUCCAGGAACAACUACGCUACGGCAACCCCACAGACGCCCGCACCCUCCUGGCCAUCCAGCAGCAGGCCCUGCGCGGAGGCAGCGGAGGGUUCCCUGGCGGAGGACCUGGGAGCGGAGCAGAAGAGGGCCCCGGUCGAAGCCCCCGCUCCUCCCUGGAGAGCCUCACCCAGGAGGACUCCUCAUUCCUCCAGCUGUCCGCCCGUCAGGAGCCCCAGGGCCAGGAGCACCAUGGAGACUACCAGCACUCGGAGAGCAGCUACCAGCUCUACCAGCUCCACGGCGAGGAGCUGCCCACCUACGAGCAGGCCAAGGCCCACUCCCAGUACCUGGCUCAGCAUUGGUCGACCACCACGGGCCCCCACAAGCAGCUCCGCGAGGGGACACUCCUGCGCGAUGGGGACUACCGUGCGGCGGAGGAGGAGCUGAUUGAGUUGAAGCGAGGGCACGUGCGGUCGCUCAGCGAGCGUCUCCUGCAGCUGUCUCUGGAGAGAAAUUGUGCCAUGGCGAAGUCAGAGGCGGUGAAGAGCUCCUCACAUAGCUACCCAGAGCUGGGUUACUACGCACCCCCACAAGGCCUCCAGGACAAACGCAGCCCACACCCAGAAUACUCAUCGGUUACCAUCAUGACCCAAGGUUAUAUGCCCAUCCACGCUCAAGAGCCCCAGUGUGUGUACAGGGACAUGCCCCAGCCACUCCAGAUCCACCAGCACAGGUACUAAGGCAUUACAGCAAUCGUGUGUGUGUGUUGCCCAUACAGUGAGAUCAUGCAAAGGUGUACCAAUGGUUUGAUUGUCAUUGCCCUUAAUCAACAGCCAUCACACAUUUCAUAGUGUGUUAAUUUCUGUGGGCAAAGCUGUACGCAUAAUGGACUUCAAGCCAUGUGUCAUUGGCUAUGUGUCAUCGGUGCCUUGCAUUCCAAACCUCCUAACAAACAUUGUGAAUCAUUACAUGCGCAGGUUGGAAUUCCAAUUGCCUUUCUGAGAACACUUUACAAGCCAACCGACCUAGGGUGGAGUUGAUGUGUUCAUUCUAAUAUAGGGUGGUUGUUAUACCUGGGAGGCCUAACAAAUGUAGGUUGUUCACAUGACCACGGUUCUAUGAGCUAAGGGGCUAGGGUAGUCAUACUCAUUGAAAGACCGUAGUAGUUGUACAUCUUUGGAUAUCUAGUGAGAUCAACAACACACGUCCCUCCUCACAGGUAUGCGGCCCCAGCCCAGCAGCAAGCGGAGGCCUGCUACGGCGUGUUCACUAGUCUGCCCCCUGGUGGCGUGGAGGAGCCCAGGCAGACGGAACUGCUGAUGCUGGACAAUGAGAGGCUGAGACAGGAGCUGGAGGGCCACCGAGAGAAGGCCUGCCGCAUCCACAAGGUGAGAAUCAUUCUCCUUUUAGUCCCUCUCGACGAUGGCGACACUACAUUGGAAUGGUUUGUGCUGCAGGAAGGACUGAUGUUAGUUUUGGAGGACCGAUUCAUGAGAUACAGGACAGGUGCAUAUCAGACUUUCUUUCACAUUUUCCUUGGUCACCAAUGCAUGAUGAACUUUGAGUUGCACACAACACGUGUAACUUCUCAAGUUUGCAUGCCCACACUGAAUAGCAAAGUACUGAAGUCCGCAACAUGUGCCACUUAAUGAAGGGAAUUGAGGAAACACAAGCCAAAUAGCAGAUAGCUUGUGUACAGCUACCCCAGACACACUGUAUAUGGGUAAUCAUUACAACAGCUGCUACCAUUGGCUGUAGAUAGAGCCCCCAUAGAGCCCAGCGGCUGUUACUGUGUCCACACUUCCUGCAUUGUUCUGCAGACGGAGGUCGUGUGUGUAUGUGCUUGUGUCCUUCCAGAGAGGCCAUAUAUUUUCGGUCCUACCCAGGGCAUGUCAGACAGCAGUCGAUGGGGUUGUGACCCCUGGCUCAGAGUGCAGAGAGAGAGACAUUCUGCUAGACGUGGCAGGUGGCAGGUCUACUGUGUGUUGAAUUUGAAAGGACUCUAUUGUACUUUCAUCCCACUGCAUUUUCACUUUUCAUCCAUCAUCCUGUUGUUUUGUUUUUUAAAACUUUUUACUUUCAUCCUCUUUUUACUUUCAUCCUCUUUAAACCCCUGUUUGUGUUCAUCUCUUUUGUAAUGUUUAUUUGAUUGAGGCCCAGGGCCCCUUUUAUUGGCCAGCUCAUAAAAUGUUCCUGACAGAAAUAUUUACUCCCCUUGACAGAACCCCAUGCAAGUAUGCUAUUGUCUGCUAUUAUACAUCAAGAUGGUGGCAACAACACUAACUGAUAAGACGUCACCCAUUUCUCUUGGUAGAUGCCAUAGAGCUAGAUGGAGGACUCUUCUUUAAAAUGGUGGAAGCCCUCGAUGGCAAUGUCCAUGCUAAAACGGGUUAUGUCCAUCUUUCUAUCUCUAUGGUAAAUGCAUAGACACUGCUGCUCUCCUGUGGAGUUACGUCACCCCGUCCCUCAUGCUCCCUCAGCCUUAAAGAAUGCUAAUUAGUGGGGUUGGAAAGUUUCCCCGGACUGUUGGGCCACAGACCUGAGUAGACAUGCCCGAGGGGCUGCUGUAAUGGUGGGCGUCUCUACUUCUCCACUUCUUUGCCUGUUUCUGUUUCCACAGCACAGGCACAGGCAUGCACACCUUUCCCACACUGGCAACCCGCCCAGACCUCUCUCUCUGUCUCUGUCUCUCUCUGUGUGAGUGAACUACCCACACCUGGAAAACAAGCGUGGCUGUUAGCUCCCAGGAAUGCAGAUAUAAAUCAGUCACACACACACAGGGAGUGGUGUUUGCUCAAAUUCCUCUGUAUUAUACUUGUGUAGUGUAUACUGUAUAUACACAGUAUGUAGGCUAUGUGCCCACAUGUACGGAAUGUGCUCCCAGGUAUAUUUAUGAAUGUGUAUAGACAUGUCUAUGUGCUGUACUGCAUGUAUACAGUACUAUGCCUGAACCAACCCCCCCGAUCUCCAAAACAUAAAUACACUACCAGUCAAACACUUGGACACACCUACUCAUUCAAGGGUUUUUCUUUAUUUUUACUAUUUUCUGCUUUGUAGAAUAAUAGGGAAGACACCAAAACUAUGAAAUAACACAUAUGGAAUCAUGUAGUAACCAAAAAAGUGUUAAACAAAUAUAUUUUAUAUUUGAGAUUCUUCAAAUAGCCACCCUUUGCCUUGAUGACAGCUUUGCACACUCUUGGCAUUCUCUCAACCAGCUUCACCUGGAAUGCUUUUCCAACAGUCUUGAAGGAGUUCCUACAUAUACUUAGCACUUUUUUGGUUACUACAUGAUUCCAUAUGUGUUAUUUCAUAGUUUAUUCUACAACGUAGAAAAUAGUAAAAAUAAAGAAAAACCCUUGAAUGAGUAGGUGUGUCCAAACUUUUGACUGGUAGUGUAUAUUAAACCAACAAACAAGAUGGCUGACCAAAAAUGUCCUUCCUUCUCUCUGUCCAUUCAGUUGGAGCAGGAGGUCCAGAGGGUUUCGGAGGCCUAUGAGACUCUGCUGCAGGGCAGCUGUAAGAGGGAGAGCCUGGAGCAGACCUUGAGGAGCAGACUGGUGGACAAGAUCAGCAGGCUGCAGGACUUCAACAGAGACCUCCAAGGUAAGGACUACAAAUACCACAAGCUCUCUGGUUUGUUAGACAUUGACUGGCCAGGCUUGUUUGUAUUUCGUUUAUGCCCUGAAACUGGUCCAAAACCAUUUUUGAGGAUUAUAUUGGUUUAUAUUAGUGUGGGACUGGUGGCAUGGAAACCUUUUCCCAAAUCAGUUUUAGUGUAAGUGUAUAGCAGUUAAGAAAUGCUUCCAGUUUUCCUAAACUUUUAAAUAUUUGCAUUACAGAAAGCCUGGCGAAUGCCAGAACACACGCCGCCAAAGAUGUGGAAGCUGCCGAACACAACCAGCACAUCAUGACCAAACUGCUCGAGCAAAGUAAGUGUCACCCAUUCCGUCUCUCUCACACCACCCCGAGUCUUAGACCUUCAGCCAUGUCACAGGAUUGGAGCAUAGCACUGAACCCUAUACCCAAGCUACAUCCUCUAUGCAGGAAUUUCCAUUGCAUAACCUCCGCUUAUCUGGUGAGAACGCCUCAACAGUAAACACAGGUAGUCUAGCGGUUAGAGCGUUGGGCAGUAACUGAAAAGUCGCUAGUUCGAAUCCCAGAGCAGACGAGUGAAUUGGUCCAUGUGCCUUUGAACAAGGCACUUAACCCUAAUUGCUUCAGGGUCGCCGCUGAUAAUGGCUGACCCUAAACUUGACUCCCCUCUCUGAGGGUGUCUCGGGAGUUUGGAUAUGGAAAAAACACAUUUCCAUUUCACACAUGCGUAUACUACACACUUCUACAUGUGUGAACUAGGGCAAAUAUAAGCACCCACCUAACCAUUAUAAUUUAUUGCUAUAGGAAAGGGAACUACUAAUGAGAAAAUACCAUUGAACUAACAUCAGGUUCCUGGUGGUUGUUGAUUUACGUUGUCUAUUUAAGCAGUGGGCCUUUCCCAAGGCUUGAUGAGAGAUAGGGUUGGAGGAAUGUUUCUUGUUAAGUGGGUCAAAGGGAUGGGGGCGUGUACCUUCCUGUUCCUCCCCCUUGACAUUCCACGAGUGCUUGGGCAAAUGAUGGCUGAAUCCUGGGACGUAUUAGCGGGGUUAGAGCGAUGGUGGUGUGAUGGCUUAAGACAGUCUAAGCUCUCAUUUUCACCUUCGAAAUAGCUCCAUGUGGCCUUAGACUGAGACUGGUUUUCAUGUCUCGUGUCCAGCGCAGUACACAACACUAGCUUUUCACUGAUGUAUCUCCUAAAUGUAUCCUAUGUGUGAAUGUUGUACAGUUUGUAGCUUUUUGGUUAUACCAUAUCUAACCUUUUCCCCCUCUUCUCUUCCCCUCCCCUCUUCUACUUUCUCCUCCCCUCUUCUCCCCUCUUCUCUUCUCCCUUCUUCUCCUCCCUCUCCUCUUCUACUUUCUUCUCUUCCCCUCCCCUCUUCCCCUCUUCUCUUCUCAUUCUUUCCUCCCAUCAGACGAGGAGCAGCAGUUUGAGCGUGAGCGCGCAGAGCGAGAACUCCAGCGGCUCCGUAACUCCGCCGAGGAGCAGGGCCUGAGGGUGGAGCAGCUGGAGGAGGCCCUGGAGGCCCAGCGGUGCAAGGGCCGGCAGCUGGAGGAGGAGCUGCGGCGGAAGCGGGCCUACGUGGAGAAGGUGGAGCGGCUGCAGAGCGCCCUGGCUCAGCUGCAGACCACCUGCGAGAAGCGUGAGGGCCUGGAGAUGAGGUUGAGGACACGCCUGGAGCAGGAGCUGAAGAGCCUGAGGGCGCAGCAGAGGCAGUCUCACCCACCGGGCGUGACGGUGGGCUCGCUGCACGAGCAUCUGAGGGAGAGAGAGGAGCGUAUCCUAGCCCUGGAGGCGGACAUGGUGCGCUGGGAGCAGAAGUACUUGGAGGAGAGCACCAUGAGGCAGUUUGCCAUGGACGUGGCCGCCACCGCCGCCGCUCAGAGGUGAGGGUCAGCGGUUAAACGUUAGGGGAUAGAUCGCUGAAGGGUUGUGUUCUGUAUGCACAUACAGAAGAAAACAUUUUCAAAACAUGUAGUCUAAAUACGUUUUUAUACUUUACAUAUUUCCUGCAUCCAUUUCCUAAAGGAAUGUAUUUUCUCCGUUCCAGAGACACAACCAUCAUCAACCAUUCUCCCUGCCACUCUUCCAACAACAGCUUCAAUGAGGACCUGCCUGUAGCUGACUACAGAAACCAGGAGAUGGAAAACCGGUAUGAAGAUGACGCAUUAAAAAAAAAAAAAUGAUUCUUAAUUUAUAAUAUUGCUGUUAUGACACUUUCUAUGCAUCUAAGUCUAAUGUACUUUGUUGCAUCAGAUGGCAAUGAUCAGAGAGACACCAUUUGUCUAAUCUGACUCCAUAUUUAUCUUGUCUAUAGGAUCCGUGCUCUCUACACCCAAAUCCUGGCGAAGGAUGCUGUCAUUAAUAUCCUCCAUCAGCAUUUGCACCAGGAACAGAUCAAGAAGGAUGGCUCUUGUCUGCCCACCACCACGUACACUCCUGUCAGCACGGCCAGCUACACCAGCAUAGGCAAAGGUAAGGAUGAGGGUCAGAGAUGAAAAACCUCAUAACACCUUGUUAACUAUUACUCAAGGGGUCCCUCAGGGCUCUGUUCAGGGGCCACUGUUGUUCUCUACAUACAUGCGACAUAAUCAAAUAUGAAGUAAGGAGUUAUUGUCAAAGAUAAUUAUAAUGGACAUUGAAGUGGAUUGAGGAUAGAAUGAGAGCACCUGUUUAUCAAUGAAAUGCGUGCCAGUGGCUGAUAUCUUUCAUGUUCUGUGUUGUAGGUAAGAGUCUGUCAGACGACCAGACUGCUCUCUCUCCUCUCCUGUGCUCCUCCGCAGCUCACCCCAGCCAGAACUGUGGAUCAGAGGAUGGAGCUAAGGCCAAAGAGCCGGCCACUGGUUGUAAGGUCAGCAUUGGUGAGUAGUCUACACACACACACACAUUCACCCAAACCGUUCUCUGUAACUGCAUCACAUGCUGUGCCAGGGCAGUCAUUAAUUUACCAAACAUACCCCCAUAGAACAAGCCAAUUGGCGAUGGCUCUGUAGGUCAGAGGUCAUCAGUGGGCUGCCGGAAUGUGCUAUGUUGUCGCACCUAGCCCCGAGGAUUGACUGCACUCAUUUACCUGAAUGGAUCAUCCCAAUGUGGAAACGUCAGCAUGUUUCUUUGGUUUCAGAUGAUGUACUUUAACUGUGGAUAAUUUUUCCACUGCUCCCACUCCUAACACAUUCCUCUAAUCAUUUGCCCUCUUCUGUUUUCAAGACGACGCUGCUGCACAACAACAUAAUGGGUUCAAGGAGGCGUUAAGAGGCCCGGAUGACUUGGAGGCAGAGGCAGUGGAAAUAUUCAUUUGA